AUGCAGUUCAAGACUAUCUUGGCCGCUGUUGCCACCUUGGCCGCCGUCGCCUCGGCUCUCCCCACCGCCCAUGAGACCAAUGGCAACGGUCAGUGCUCCACUGGUACCGCUCAGUGCUGUUCCCAGGUGCAGAAGCAGGGCAAGCAGGCCCAGGACGCCCUUGCCGGUCUCGGUCUCGCUUUCAACGAGAUCCUUGACGGUGCUAUCGGCCUCGACUGCCAGCAGAUCCCCGUCGGUGUUAUUGGCGGCGCUAUUGCCCUCCAGAACACUUGCAAGAACACGGCUGUUUGUUGCGAGGGUUCUGCCAACAAUGGAUUGGUGCAGACUUCUUGCACUCCCAUCUCCGUCAACUAA